AUGAGUGAACAGACAGACCCCGCGUCGCGGGUCGCAAUCGGAAUUUCGUUUGGCAACUCGUACAGUUCCAUUGCUUUCACCACUAGUGAUGGCAAGGCAGAAGUCAUUGCCAACGAAGACGGAGACCGCCAAAUUCCUUCCGCGCUGUCAUAUGUCGAGGGUGAGGAACUACACGGCAACCAGGCCAAGAGCCAAAUGAUUCGCAAUGCAAAGAACACGGCUGCCUAUUUCCGCGACUUCUUGGGCCAAGAUUUCAAGUCAAUAGACCCCUCGCCAUGCCACCAGUCAGCCCACCCCGUAGACAACGGCAGCGAUGUAGCCUUCACCCUGCGCGACACCGAGUCCGACCAGGAGAACACCAUUUCCGUUGGAGAGAUCACCACACGACACCUAAAGAGACUACGCAGCUCUGCCUCUGCCUAUCUCGGAAAAGACGUUAAUGCCGCCGUCAUCACGGUUCCCACAAACUUCUCAGACGCACAAAAGGAGGCACUGAAGAAGGCGUCAAAGGAUGCUGGCAUGGAAGUCCUGCAAUUCAUCAAUGAGCCCACGGCCGCAGUCCUUGCAUAUGACGCCCGUCCUGGUGCGAAGGUGGCAGACAAGAUCAUUGUUGUUGCUGAUCUUGGUGGCACUCGCUCUGAUGUGGCUGUUUUGGCCUCGCGCGGUGGCAUCUACACCAUCCUCGCUACCCUCCACGACUACGAGGUCAGCGGUUUCAAGCUCGACCAGGUCCUGAUGGACUACUUUGCUAAGGAGUUCCUCAAAAAGCACAAGACUGUUGGCGACCCCCGGGAGGACGAGCGUGCCCUGGCCAAGAUGAAGCUUGAGUGCGAGGCAGUCAAGAAGGCCCUGUCCAUUGGAUCUUCCGCCAGCUUCUCCGUCGAGAGCUUGCUCGGUGGUGUUGACUUCACAGCGACCAUCAACCGCACGCGAUACGAUUUGCUUGGCAACAAGCUCUUCUCGGCCUUCACACGUCUUGUUACACACGCUGUCGAAAAGGCUAACCUCGAUCCUCUGGACAUCUCCGAGAUUAUCCUCGCCGGUGGAAACUCGCAUACCCCCAAGGUCGCAUCUGCGGUUCGCUCUGCCUUCCCAGAGAGCACUAGAGUCCUCUCCCCGUCGACAUCGUCUACCGCUAUCAACCCCUCUGAGUUGCCUGUCCGCGGUGCUGCGAUCCAGGCCAGCUUGAUUCAAGAGUUCGAGCUCGAGGACAUUGAGCAGAGCACACACCCCAUGGUCACCGUCACCCCACACCUUUCCACCGCCGUCGGCGUCCUCUGCAUAUCCGGCGACGAUUCCCACGGUGUUUUCCACGCCGUUGUCGAGGCCGAGACUUCGCUACCCGUCAGGCGGACAGCCACGAUCGCGACACCCAGAGAAGGCGGCGAUGUCUUGAUCAAGAUUGUCGAGGGUUCGCGACACAUCAAGGUCACCAAGCCUGAGCCCAAGUCCAAGGCCGAAAAGGCCGAGGAUGAUAGUGAGGACAGCGACGACGACAGCGAGGAAGAGGAGGAGGAACUCCGGGAAAAGACUUGGAAGGUGGGCCAGACGCUCGCUGAGGCUGCUAUCCGUGGCGUCAAGAAGGGCGCCAAGGUCGAGGUCCAAAUCAACAUUGCUGCCGACUUGAGCAUAAACACGAUUAUCCGUGAGGUUGGCGGAAAGGGAGGUGUACGCGGUGCCGUUCAGGGUAGCAAGGCCAGUGGUAGCGCUUGA